CAUUAAACAGCAAGUUUGAAAGUCUAAGAGUCUCAUCCACACUGUCAACAAGAAGUUCAUCUUCCAAGCCCUAGUUUUCUCUUUCCUAGGGUUCAGAACCCUUCCCCUGCCACACGCAGGCAGCCUUGCACACCUGGGAGAAGAACCACAGACAAAAGCCUCUGAGCCUGGGACUAACUACUGCUGCUGUUCUCAGCGGGAGCCCCGGCGUGGAGACCUGAAGUGAUGGGGCCAGGUCUUCUGGGAUGCUUUCCUCUCCUCCUAUUGCUGCUGGGACUAUGGUGGUCAGUGUGUCCACUUUGUGCUUUGCCUAAGCAUCUCACCAAGGCUCACUGGUUUGAAAUUCAGCAUAUACAGCCAAGGCUUCUCCAGUGCAACAAGGCAAUGAGCGGUGUCAAUAAUUAUACUCGGCACUGUAAGCCUCAAAACACCUUUCUGCACAACUCCUUCCAGGACGUGGCUGCUGUCUGUGAUUUGCCCCACAUCGUCUGUAAGAAUGGACAGUACAACUGCCACCAGAGUCCAAAGCCUGUUAACCUGACUCAGUGCAGUUUCACUGCGGGGAAGUAUCCUGACUGCCGCUACCGAGAUGACACCCAAUACAAGCUCUUCAUUGUUGCCUGUGACCCCCCUCAGAAGAGCGACCCUCCCUAUCAUUUGGUUCCUGUACACUUAGACAAGAUUGUUUAAAGUUUCCAUCAUUUUCCCUCUCAC